UACUCAAUAAACAUUUGCUGAAAAUAUAAGUCAAGAUAGUAUGAAUGAUGUGGCUGGUGCUUCUAGGCCAAAGUUCUUGUUCAAUGUCUUGAUAUUUUCUUUAAAUAAUGUCAUUUUGUGUCAAAGUCAUCCUGACAUCUAGAAAGAUUGAAUAACUAUAUUUAUAAAGUUAACUGAGAACUUAUUAGGUAUCCUGCCUUCCUAUUUACAAACUUCCCAAUUUCCAUUGAUAAUAUUAAAAUAAAGGAUUAAUUUAAUACUUUGAUAUCUGUAUCCUUUUCCUCUAUAAAAUUUUAAAUUGUCCUAAGAAGUAGUGAUACAGUAACCCAGUGACAAAUAAUUUACCAUAAUGGAAGGUUUGUCAUCAUAGAUUUAAUUCUGAUUUUUGGUUGAGAAUAAAAUUUUAAAGGAUUAGAACUUUAAGGGCAUUCCUUUAUUUGUUCAUUAAUUUAUAUAUUCAGUAAGCAUAUGAGGUCUUUUACAAUAUUUUUAGGCUCUGAGGUGUGAGUAUAGCAACUGUAUAAAAUGAUGUGCAUUCCAAGAUAGCACUUGACCAAAGACACUCAAAACAGAGGAGCGGGAAAAGCCCAUGCUCUAGUGGGAGGAAUUAAUUGCUAGACAAAGGCAUGGAGUUUCCUAGAUCACAUAUCCCAGGAGGAGCAUCAUCACUACCCUAGGCUGUAAGUAAAAGAACAAGAAUAUGAGAACAGUGGAUGACGUAACAUUUGGCCCAAUGCCACAUUUGGGAGAAAAGAAACUCUUUAAAAAACAAACAAACCAAAAAAAAAAAAAAGAAAAGAAGAAAGAAAAAAAGAAAAAAGAAAGAAAGAAAGACCAAACACUUAGGUAACAAGGAAUCACUAUAGUUUGUUCCAAAUUCAAGGAGAUGUGACAUGUCCAUGGGUACAAUGAAGAGGUGAGCAGUUUGUUUUGGAGAUGGUGAUUGCAUUUUCAAGGAUAUUUUAUGUUAAGGCUGUGUCUAAGGUGAGAGUAAAACUCUUAAAGCCUAGCCUACAGUUGAAGGAUUUUUUUCUAUUUCUGACAGAAAAAAAACAAGAAAUAGAACGACUUAAGAGGUUGGAAAUUGAGAGCAAAAAAGCCAUCACUGGUUUUUUGGACAAUUUGGUGAAAAAAGAUGUGAUUAAAUUACCAGAAGAUGAAAAGAAAAAAUUUAAUAAUGCCACACCUAGAGACAAGGCCUGGAUUGUGGGGGACUUCAUACGACAGAAGCCCCAAGAGGCAGUUCCCUCGGUUAUCCAGAGUUUACUUAAGGCGGUCAAAAAGGCCAAUGAUACAGAAGCUUAUUCAGAAACUAAGGCCGGAGCAGUUGAGCCAGUAGAAUCAACUAAUACCCUCAAGCUUUGUUCUCCUGAGCAAUUCCAGAGACUGCAUAAUGAAAACACCAAAAAGAUCUAUCCAAUAAAGGAGAAAAAUAAUCGCACUCGUCAGGCGCUCAUUAUAUGCAAUAUAGAGUUUGAGUAUAUUCCUGUGAGGAGUGGGGCUGAAUGUGACAUCACAGAAAUGAAGGGGCUGCUUGAAAGCCUGGACUACACUGUGAAGGUGAAAAAGAAUCUUAAAGCUGAGGAUAUGAAGUUAGAGCUGAAGAAAUUUGCUGACUUACCAGAGCACAAAUCCUCAGACAGCAUGUUCUUGGUGCUUAUGUCUCAUGGCACCCUUCAUGGAAUCUGUGGAACUAUGCAUAGUAAGGAAAAUGAAGAUGUGCUACCUUAUGACAGCAUCUUCCAGAUAUUCAACAACUGCAACUGUGUCGCGCUUAAAGACAAACCCAAGGUCAUCAUUGUGCAGGCCUGCAGAGGUGGAAACAGAGGCGAAACAUGGGUUGGAGACUCUCCAGCCCUGGAAGACAGCUCUUUAUACUCUCAGAUGAACCUGGAUGAAGAUGGUGUUUACAAGACCCAUGUGGAGAAGGACUUCAUUGCUUUCUAUUCAUCAACCCCACGUAAGAAGUUCAUUUGAGGAACCAGGUGUUCGAGCCCAGAUGCCCACUGUUGAGAGAGUAACCUUGACAAAACCUUUCUACCUCUUUCCUGGCUAU